AUGAAAAAAAACGAUAUAAAUUUACCAAAACCUGAUGAAAUUGUAAAUCGAUGUAUAAAAAUCUACAAUGUAGAAGACCCUCGCUCAUGUGAUCAAACAAACGUUCAACUUCCUAAUAUUUAUCGUGUUGUAUCAACUUCAUUCGAUGAUGUACAUGUUGUUAUGUCUAAUCAAGACUUUUUAAUUAAUAGACUAGUUGCUCAUGUUUAUAUUGAUGCUGAUUGUAGUUAUUUUGAAGAUUUACCAAAAUCAACAACCAAAGAACAAUUAAAGGAAGCUGUAUGUAAUUCAAUUCGAAUGAAAAAUAUUUCAUCAUUAUCGCUUCAUAUUGAAUUAAAUAAACAAACAAACAAUACAUAUAUCAUUGCUACUGAUCAAGCUCGAAUAUGGGCAACAAAAAUCAUAAAUUUUCUUGUUUGA